UCUAGAGCUACUACUGCUCAAGUCAGUGUUGAUCAGUGCAGAACAGACAGUUUGUAAGCGACAGGGUAAAACACAGCUGCCUGAGUUCAUCAAAGAGGGAGCCCUAAAAAUUGGAGGCAUCUUCACAUUUUACACAGGGUAUGCUGGGGUGAUUCCGAAAUUUAACCGAUUACCUCCUCAACCAAAGUGCAAUGAUAUCAAUUACAGGGAAUUCAAAUUUGCAUGGACUAUGAUCUUCGCAAUAGAAGAAAUAAAUAAAAACCGAAAUUUACUCCCAAACCACACUCUGGGAUAUGAAAUCUUUAAUGCCUGUGGAUUCUCUAAUAUUCUUCAGUCUGCACUUUCACUGUCCAAUGGACAAGAUGAUGUCACAGACAAAAUUAACUGCACCAAGGCCGAUACUGUGCAGGCUAUAAUAGGUCAUUCGGGAUCCACUCCAACAAUUGGCUUUGCCAGAAUAACUGGCCGAUUCCAAAUACCUGUGAUUAGUCAUUUUGCUUCCUGUGCUUGCCUGAGCAACAGAAAAGAGUUUCCUUCUUUCUUCAGAACUAUUCCAAGUGAUUACCACCAGAGCCGAGCUCUGGCCCAGCUUGUGAAACAUUUUGGCUGGACAUGGGUGGGAGCCUUAAGCAAUGACAAUGAUUAUGGUAAAACUGGCAUUGCCACAUUUAUUAAGGCUGCUGAAGAAGAGGGAGUCUGUAUUGAAUAUUCAGAGGCUUUUGAAAGCACAGGAUCAAAAACUUCUUUAACAAAUAUAGUAGACAUUAUCAGAACCUCCACAUCUAAAAUAAUAAUGGCUUUCAUGUCGCACAGAGAGAUCAAGAUACUGGUGGAUGAGCUACACAGGCAAAAUAUUACAGGACUACAGUGGAUCGGAAGUGAUGCCUGGAUCACAGAUGACUCUCUUGUAGCUAGCCAAGGCCACAAUUUGCUGAUUGGAUCUAUAGGUUUUACUGGACGCAAUGUUCAAAUACCUGGACUUGGCCCUUUUCUACAGGAUGUCAACCCCUCCCAAUUUCCCAAAAGCAUGUUUCUCAAAGAAUUCUGGGAAAAUGUUUUUCAGUGCUCAUUAAGCCCAAAUACAAUUCUACGGGUCUGCAAUGGCUCAGAAAACUUGAAAUAUGUCAAACAUUAUUUUACUGAUGUGUCUGAUCUGAGAUUUAUCAAUAAUGUCUACACUGCUGUGUAUGCUAUUGCUCAUGCACUGCACAAUCUACUGUCAUGUAAGCAGCAAGAACUCCCAUUUGAUAAUGCAACCUGUGCACAGCCAACAACAAUACAACCCCGGCAGGUUUUACAUUAUCUGCAAACUGUCAAUUUCAGCAUGAAUAGGGGAGAAACACUGUUUUUUGAUAGUGAAGGGAACUCCCCUGCAAGGUAUGAACUGGUAAAUUUACAAAAGGUCACAAAAGGCACCAUGGAUGUAGCCACAAUUGGCUACUAUGAUGCAACUCUGCCUCGUGGGCAACAGUUUACUGUGAACAAUGUCAACAUCAUCUGGGGAGGAGGCCUAAAGACUGUGCCUGUCUCUGUGUGCAGUGAGAGCUGUCCCCUAGGCACUAGGAAAGCUGUGCAGCAAGGAAGACCCAUCUGUUGUUUUGACUGUAUUCAAUGCCCUCCAGGAGAGAUUAGCAACAAAACAGAUGCAACUGACUGUGUGAAGUGCCCUUUUGGAUACUGGUCCAAUAGCAGAGGUGAUGAGUGUAUCAUAAAGACAGUGGAAUUCCUGUCAUUCACCGAUAUCAUGGGUAUCAUUUUAAUGAUGUUUGGGAUUCUUGGGGCAUUUCUAACUAUGUUCAUAUUUUUAGUUUUCUCUCACCACAGAGACACACCAAUAAUAAAAGCCAACAACUCAGAGCUGAGCUUCUUGCUGCUCUUCUCAUUGAUUCUGUGUUUCCUCUGUUCACUUACUUUCAUUGGUCGGCCCACUGAGUGGUCCUGUAUGUUGCGUCACACAGCAUUUGGCAUCACUUUCGUCCUCUGUAUCUCUUGUGUUCUGGGGAAAACAAUAGUGGUGUUAAUGGCCUUCAGGGCAACACUUCCAGGAAGUAAUGUUAUGAAAUGGUUUGGGCCUCUUCAACAAAGAAUCAGUGUUGUUAGCUUUACUCUUGUACAGGUCCUUAUUUGCAUCCUUUGGUUAAUAUUAUCCCCACCUUUCCCAUAUAUGAACAUGAACUACUACAGCGAAAAGAUCAUCCUAGAAUGCAGAUUAGGCUCAGCUGUUGGUUUCUGUGCUGUUCUGGGAUACAUUGGCCUACUGGCUGUCUUGUGUUUCAUUUUGGCUUUUCUAGCCCGGAAGCUCCCUGAUAACUUCAAUGAAGCCAAGUUCAUCACAUUCAGUAUGCUUAUUUUCUGUUCUGUCUGGAUUGCAUUUAUCCCAGCUUACCUAAGCACACCUGGAAAGUUAACAGUAGCUGUGGAGGUAUUUGCCAUUUUAGCUUCCAGUUAUAGUUUACUGAUCUGCAUUUUCAUUCCAAAAUGUUAUAUCAUCCUGUUAAGACCAGAUGCAAACACAAAAAAACAUUUACUGGGAAAAAUGCCACAUUAAACUGAUCAGAACAGAACAUAGCCUAAUAGCUACAGAUGUUAUAAAAAGAAUGUGACAUAAACAUAACACAUUUAACUUAUGUACAAGAAUUGAUGGAUAUAUGAAAAGGACAAAACUGCAAAGGUCACAUCAGACUGCAUCAAAUGCAUCAGUGAAGACCUGAACCCUUUCAGUCAUUCAAGUGAAUGCCACAGAUAUGAUCUCCCUCUAGUGUAAAAAAGGUGUAGGACUACUAAUGUAAGACUUAAUGAACUCUCUUUAUUUUCUCUCUUGUAUUUAUCAUACUGAAAGACUAUGCAUGUAUCUGAUCUUUAUGGGUGAAUAUGAGAAUAGUAUGAGUAGUGUUGUUAUUAUUAUCAUUACUAAU